AUGAACUCUCUCAAAUUCUCCAUAAUCCUACUCUCCUUGCUUACCCUUGCUAUUAGCACUCAAGCACAAGAUCCGACUUUCCUCUAUCAUUAUUGCCCAAACACAACCACCUUCACAAGAAACAGCACCUAUCAGGCCAAUUUAAAUCUCCUCCUCUCUUCACUUUCCUCAAACGCAACCCGCAACAACAUCAAUGGAUUCUACAACGUCUCUGCAGGACAGGAUCCUGAUGCUGUCUACGGCAUGUUUCUUUGCCGUGGUGAUGUUAGCAACAGUGUUUGCCGAAGUUGUGUCAACUUUGCUACCAAAGACGUACUCCGAAGGUGCCCAAAUGAGAAAGUAGCCAUGAUAUGGUUUGAUGAGUGCGAAUUGCGUUACUCAAACAGAAAUAUCUUUUCUACUGUAGACCAAGACUUUACCUUAUUCAUGUCGAGUCCAAACAAUGUUACAGACCAACCUCAGCGCUUUAACCAGCUAGUAGCAACCACCAUAAAUGAUAUAGCGACUCGGGCUGCAGCUGCUCCUUCAGGUGCCAGGAAGUUUGCUGUUCAAGAGGCAAACUAUACUGGGCAACAAAAAUUGUACACUCUUGUGCAGUGUACACCAGAUUUACCUAGUUCAGGUUGUAGUCGGUGUCUUGAGGGUGCUAUUUCAAAAUUAAGCAAUUGCUGUGAUAGAAGGCAAGGAGGUAGAGUCAUAUUUGCAAGUUGUAAUUUUCGGUAUGAGCUUUAUGAAUUUUAUAAUGCAACGGCAGCAGCGGAGGCUUCACCGCCUCCGCCUCCUCCUCCUGUGGCACUAUCUCCUCCUCCGGCUUCAGGUUCAGGGACAAGACCGAAAGGUAAAGUUGAUUAUGCCUAUUUAUUUCUUUUGUCCUUGUAUGAUCCUCAACUGUCAUCACCAUAA